AUGUCAGAGCGGAAUGUGCCCUCGUCCGUUUCACAACGAAUUAUUAUUAAAUUUCUCACUGCAAAAAGCGUAAAACUGUCGGACAUAUUGAAAAGGCUUGAAGCACAAUUCGGGGACAAUACGUUUAAGAGGACUCAAGUGUACGAAUGGCACAAACAAUAUUUAGAAGGACGAGAAACUGUUAAAAGUAAGGGGCACCGACGUCGCUCGUUGACCAGCGUGACAGAGGAGAAUAUUCGCCUGGUUGGCAGCUUUACCGAGAGUGACCGUCGAUUAACGGUCGCUGAAAUUGCUUCUGAGGUCGGAAAUAGCUUCGGCAGUGCUCAGGCUAUCAUUACUGACGACUUUGCGUCUCGAAAAUUUUCCGUUAGAUGGGUCCCUCGUCCUCUCACUGAAAAUCAGAAACGGCACCGUUUGGAGGUGUGCGAAUGGCUAUUGACACGCUAUCAGGCAGACGGGGAAGCUUUUUCUCAUAGAAUUGUUUUUUGCGACGAAAUUUGGAUGUAUCACUACACCCCGGAACCUAAAGAAGCCAGUAUGGAAAGGCAAAAGGAAA